CGUUUUUUAGCAUUCAUUCCGUUCUGUUAACUCAUGAAAAGUGCGCACGUGGGCAGGUGUCGUCGAUGUGUCAGUCCGCUCUAUAUUUUCUUCGUUUUCUUUAAAAUCAAUUUUCUCUGCAUCAUUAAACGUAACGGUCCAUUACUAUGAGUACUAGAUGACACGACCACGUAUUCUCGAUGGACCCGGCACGUGACAAGGCCACUUAUUAACAAUUGUCGUCUGUGUAGCUUCAGUGGCCUUACUUUAAACUUAGAAGCGUAAAAAGAGAAAAAAGAAGAAACUUAAAGUAAUUUAUAACUCAUCCCCUAACAUGUCUACUAAUUACGAUCCUCUGUCAACUGAGUUGGGUAAAUGGACCAAGUCAAUGUUAAUUGAUUUCGUCUUGUCCAAAUCACUUCCAACUGGUGUUAAACUAAGUGAUGAUUUAUCGCUAACACUUAAUUGCCCGCCUGAUUUCGUUCUUCCGCCAUCUAACUCACUGGAUGUUGCAAAUUUAGUACAAUCAAUCGUUUUCGAAAUCAAAAAUAUCUCCGUGAAUAAUUUGAAAAUGCACGACAAACUCAACCACGCUGGUGUAAUGGGAUCCGCUUCUAAUGCUGUUAACCCCAAAAUACCUCUAAUUGAUUGAAACUGGUCCAAUAUUAGCUAUGGCAUCUCGUGUAGUUCAGUCUCUAGUCCUGGAAUACAUUGUGUUUCUGAAAUAUUUGCAUGUCUCAACUUUAUCCAACUAAAUAGUGUACUUAGUUACACAGUUAAUCUUGUAUUUUGUACUAUUAUUAUUCGUGUUAAUUAUAUAACCUUUACUGUUAAACAGCUUCGUUUAAAUUUGU